GCGGAGACGAAGGACCGAACUAAACGAGCGGAGUGGGCCGGGCCGCGGAUGCAGAGCUUUACGGAGCCGUGAAAUUUGUACCGAACCGAGUCGUCGUCAGGUUCUGUGGGGGUUAAAGGGAUGCGCGCGCUGAUGAGGAAGAGAAGCCAUACGUGCGUGUUGGUCAGCACCACGGCUUCCGUGCUUGUGCUUGUCGUGGUUCUUUACGGAACCAGGAGCGGGUCGAGCUUCAGACACGACUACCAGCUUCUGGGGAGUCCCUUGUACAAACUGGACCUGGGCUGGCCCCGGAACCCCGAAGUCUUCAGCGGGAAGGUGUUCGCGGUGGCCGUGAACCAGUUCUCCGGUGUGGUGUUCGUGGCCCAGAGAGGUGACAAUGUCCCGAAAGUCCUGGUGUUCACUGCAGAUGGAGAUUUCCUUAUGUCCUGGAACACGACCACAUUGGAGAUGCCUCAUGGGAUGUUUUUAGCAGAUGCUGCUUCCUCAAAUCCGACCAUCUGGAUCACAGAUAUGGGAAAUGGGCCGUAUGGACACUGCAUCAAACAGUACUCUCCUUCUGGGAAGCUUCUGCAGGUUCUGGGCACUCCAGGGAUGGCUGGCUCUGGGUUGGAUCCUGUGCAGUUUGACCAACCAGCUGAGAUCUUUGUCUGCGAGUCUGGAGAGAUGUACAUUGUGGACGGUGAUGGAGGGAUGAACAACCGCCUCAUGAAGUUGUCAAAGGAGUGGGAUGUGAUCUGGAUCCACAGUGAGAAGGGAGGCGGUUUGGCUCAGUUCAACAUCCCUCACAGCGUGACCCUGGACAGCAUGCAGAGGGUGUGGGUGGCUGACAGAAGGAACAAAAGGAUCCAAGUCUUUAAUGCCGUCACUGGGGAGUGGCUCGGCACCUGGGGGAGCUGCUUCAGCGAGGAUGGUCCUUACUCCGUCCGCCUGACCCCGGACAGGAAGUACUUUGUGGUUGUCCAGCUUAACACCAAUCAGAUCUCUCUGCUGGACGCUCCACCGGUGGGCGUCAUUGGCCAGUGCAACGUGGUCAGUGUGAUCCAGCUGGCUGACGAAGUCAAGCCCCACCUGGUAGACCUGGACCUGAAGACCGGGGCUCUGUAUGUGGCUGAGAUUGGAGCCCAGCAGGCCCAGAAGUUCACCCCCUUUAGCCUGGGGGGCAGUUUUCUUUAAAAGAACUGCUGGGAUUUAGUGUGAGUGUAAAAAAUCUAUUGUUAAAAAUGGACUGAAAAUAAAAGGCUGUAAAUUAAAUCCCCUCAUAUUGUUAAACUGUUAGCCGCAUGAAGUGCUGUCAUAGAAAUUAAAUUCCUGGAAGCUUAUUUUGAAAUGUAUGUCCUCACCAUCACUGCACUGUUUCCUGUUUAGCAACAGGAGCCACAGCACCCCCCCCCCCCCCCCCCCCCCCAAAGGGAAAAAAAAUCGUCAUCUUCCAGGCAGCCAGGAAAAAACCGUGACAUUCCUGGAAGCUGCUGUAUCGGUGUAGCUGACUUCUCAUGAACCAAAAACAACCAUAUUUCAUCCUAAUCCCGUUUCAUAGUGUGUUGUGUGUUUUAUGGCAACAUGGACACAUUACCAUCUGUGACUGUGUUCAGAUAACAAAUGAACAUUUUCAUGGUUGUGCAAGUGCUUAAAAUCCUUGAACAUGCUUGAAUUUUAUUGCUGUGUUUUUGAGGUUUGAAAAGUUCUUGAAAAUGUUUGAAAUUCCGAUGGCAUUAAU